AUGUCCAAAAAGGAUGGUGGCGUGGUCCUGAGCUUCAGCGGCGUCUGGGUCAGCUGGGCUCACACAAUUGCUGCGUACACUGCCUUUAUAAGCGCGUUGAUCGUCGGCUUGUCCCUUCACUACCACAAGAUUGUCCAGAACGAACAUUACGGCUACCCUGAUGAAUGGUUCCCGUCCGUGUCGGCCACGAUUGGCGAUCGUUUUCCCGAGCGAUCCUUUUUCAUGCUCUUCAUCGCCGUCACGUCCGGUCCCCGAUUCGCCCUCGUCGGCCUGUGGUACCUCCUGACCAGGAAGCCCGGCCACCGUCUCCCCGACUUUGUCGCGACCAUGGGCAUCGUCCGUACUCUAACCUGCGGAGGAUGGACCUACAUCACCUCGACCGACAACCACGAUUGGCACGAUAUCCUCAUGAUAUCGUACAUUGUUGCCACCCUACCCUGGACUAUUGGAUGCACUAUCCUCAGCCCGCCCAACGAGCAGGCCGUCUCCCUUCGCAGAUUCUUCGGAACGACCUUCUUUGCGACUCUGGUGCCGCUCAUCUACUUCUUUAUACAACACAAGGUCCACAAGGUUGCCGGUGCCUACACUACAUAUGCCUUCUUCGAAUGGGCUCUCAUCGUCCUCGACGUUGGCUUCGACGCUGUCACCGCUCUUGAUUUCAAUGGGCUCGAAGUUGUGAUCAAGGAUGUCAAAGGUUCUAGCAGGGGAAGGGAAAUGGCUGCUGGUGCGAUCGCUUCCGGUCGAUUCACCUGGUCCGAAGUGUUUGACACGUUUGCCGACGUCUACCAUGGAUUCGUCUUCUGGACUACCUUGACUAGUCUUGGACUUGUUGUAUGGUUCUUCCCUCUCUGGUAUAUGGGCAUCUCGGGUUUCGAGGCCUUCAUCAUGACGACCAUUGCUCCCGUCUUCUUGGGUGUCGGCUUCCUACGCCCUGCCAUUAUAGGCAAUCUCCGCAUCAUCCACCUCCUUUCGCUGUGUGGCAUUGCAUCCUACCUGGUUCUUGACCCGACACACCGUCUCUGCACUCUCGGCUUUGGUGUGGCCAUGUCGUGUCUCGGCUGGAUCGCCACAUUGUACUCGGAGUCUGUGCACGAAGCACGCUUCGAGUCCAAGAUCCUGGGUUUCCUGGUCGGUCUCAUCCUGUCGACGACAGCCAAGUUCAUGUGGAGGACCAACAACCCCAUCUGGCCUAUCAUGCACGCCGAGAACGGCGGCUGGAACGGCAUCGGCCUUACCAUCGGCAUCCUCGCCGCCCUGCGCUUCACCCGCAAGGCACCCCUGACUAGCGGCACCAACAACAACGACAAGCAGAUCAAGGGCUCUCCCGUCCUUGCUGCGUUUGGGGUCGGCGGCCUCCUCUUCGGACUCCACUCGCUCCUCUCCGACACGAGCACCAUGAUCCUCUGGGUCUGGGAGGGCUACCCUCUCCGCGGCCCUGCUUCAUCGACCCACGGCUGGUUCACGCUAGCCGCCAUGUCGCUCGGCCUCCUCGGUGGUAUCCUCAGGCCCAGCCUCGCCGGCAGCUACCCCCUGUACCUCGUCGGCGCCGUGGGUGCCACGGUCGUGACCGGGUACAGCCACUGGUUCGGCUACUCUGGCGCGCUGGCCUUGGCCGCGUACCUGAUGGCGAUAUCUGUGCCUCUGCUGUCCUCAGCUGCCAAGAAGAGCCCAGCGAUGAGCUUCGGUCUGGGCUUCCUCAUCUACAACUUCCUCGUGCUCUUCCACGUGUGGGUAGUGGCCUACGCUUUCGUCCCCGGAGGUCCUCUUGUGCGUGAGCACACAGACUGGGUGAUGAUGACGAUGAUGGGCUUCAUCGGUCUGGGCGUGAUCAAUCUGAACAGCUCGCGGACGCGUCGGCAGCAGAAGAAGAAGCACUCAGCUUCCCAGCACAGGAGGUACUUUGGCGGUGCUCUUUUCCUCAUCAACAUCCUCUUCCUGUGUUCGUCGUACAUGCGCUUCCCGAGCAACGACUACAAGCCUCACCACGCCGAGGACAGGAUUCUGACGGCGGGUAUCUGGACGGUCCAUUUCUCCCUCGACAAUGACAUGUGGUCGUCCGAGUACCGUAUGCGCGACCUGCUCAAGGAGGCGGAGCUGGACGUUGUCGGUCUCCUCGAGUCUGACCAACAGCGCAUCAUCAUGGGCAACCGUGACAGCACGCAGCUCUUGGCCGAGGAGCUGGGCAUGUACGUCGACUACGGGCCUGGCCCCAACAAACACACGUGGGGCGCGGCCCUACUGUCCAAGUUCCCCAUUGUCCAGUCGGAACACCACCUGCUCCCCAGUCCCGUAGGCGAGCUGGCCCCCGCCAUCCACGCGACUCUGGAUGUCUACGGUGAGUACGUCGACGUCUUCGUCUUCCACUCCGGUCAGGAAGAGGAUGUCGAGGACCGCCGGCAGCAGUCCGAGUACCUGGCCAAGCUGAUGGGCUCCACGCCCCGGCCGGCCAUCUUGCUUUCGUACCUCGUCACCAAGCCCCUCGAGGGCAACUACAACACGUACGUGAGCGACACAUCGGGCAUGCACGACGUCGACCCAUCGGACUGGGACCGCUGGUGCGAGUAUAUCCUCUUCAAGGGCCUGAAGCGUGUCGGAUACGCCAGGCUCAGCAGAAGCACCAUUACCGACACGGAGCUCCAGGUGGCCAAGUUUGUCAUCCCCAACGGACAGGAGGAGAUCGACCGUCUGGAGGCCCUGUCAGACGAGGAGCGCAACCGCAGGGUCCACGAGCAGCAGGUGCCCGUCGGUUGGAGGUUCCCCGCCCUGUUCAGGGGUGAGGGUGUUCGUGGGCAUAGGUACCAUGUCUUUGAUGAACCGUGGUACUACAACCAUGAGUAG